AUCAGAGUCCCCGGGAGAAGAGAAUGGUUGCUCUGUCGGCAGGAGCGCUGGCUCCGCUCGCAGGUCUGUCUCCGCUGCCGUCGUGCAGCGCGGCUCCGUUGUACUGCCGCAGGAGUCCGCCACUUCUCAAGGUCGCCAUCGCUAAGACGCGGCCAGCUGUUCACCAAUCUGCUCCUGCAAGCUUCCGAAAAUGUGCAGCUAUGUCAGAACAUGGACGUCAGGAACUCCGGACCAAUGAGUACCAGCUGGAUGAUGAUGAUGAGCCGUUUUGGCUGGCAGUGGUCAGAGACCUUGCUGUGGGUUUCAAGGGAUUGGUAGCUUUCUUAGCUGAGCAGCCGAGGCAACUGAAGCACCUGGAGUGGCCGGGCUUUCUACACACGCUGAAGACGGCCACACUUACUCUUGUAUUGGUAGCUAUGUUUAUUGUUGCAUUAUCAACUAUUGAUGCUGCCCUCUGCUACAUGCUGGCCUGGCUACUUCGAAAAUCUGCCUAGAAUAAUGCUGGAAUAUCCAUGUAUUGCUUGAAUAUGAUUUAGCCAGACAGGAUAGUAGCAGGCACUGCAGCUGGAACUCAAGCUCUUGUUGUCGUCGAGGUCAGCAAUGUUAAUCAGACUGGAGGUAGCAGGAAGGUGGAUCUUGCACGGUGUGCCAUUUUAUUUUUGGGAGGAUUGAGAAAAUCAAAACAGCUGCCCUACAAAUAGUGCUGAUGUCAUGUGAUGCAGAUGCUCAUAGUGGCAUUUCAAAGGGUUAAUUAGAUCUGUGCCAUUAUAACUUUGCUGUUUUGGAGGCACACCGUUACAUGUUGAGGUCCAAUUUAACAGAGAAAGAGCACAUCAUGGAUAGGAUCCGAGAACUGUGUGUAGUGAUUUGUAACUUCUCUUUUAUGUUAAGCAGACUUGCUUGU